ACCGGGAGGUCGCCGAGGAGGACGGGGGUUGGCAGUCCGCAGGCAACGGAGACGGUCAACGGGAAACCGGCCACGGCCGGUCUGGCCAGCAAAGUCAGGCAGGAGCUGGCCGGUGCGUGGUGGUGCAGGGACACCAACAGCACCAGGAGCUGCCCAUAAUCGAUCUCUUAGACGACAUUACCGAUCAGAUGCAGAUCGAGCUCAAGUCGGAGCCGGUGUCGCCGAAGAUAGACGAGAUAGAGACCUGUCUGCUCGCCGAUCAGAUCGACUCGCAGUCGUCGGAUCGUGGCUCGAGCCAUCAGAACGGCCGCCGAGCUAACGGCGGACAGCAUCAACAGCCGAGGACGGCGGCCAACGAGAUCUCGCAGUUCGCCGACCUACGGUGGCUCGCGCAGAACGGCAAUCAGCAGGCAUCCGCCAAGCCGACUCGCGGCUUCGAGCAAGAGUCGAAACACGCGAACAACCGCUCGAACAGCGGCACUUACUGCAACUUCUGCCAGAAGACCUUCUCGCGGGCUUGGUCCCUUCAGAGGCACCUGGCGGACACGCACUUUUACGUGCCGCAGUCGCUCUCCUGCGAUCAAUGCGGCAGGAGUUACAAGUCCAGGAACAGCCUGGUCAGCCACAAGAGCCAGUACCACGCGAGGAAGGAGCGCAAGGAGCACGAGGAACAUUGCGAGGUCACGUAUUGACCGGCCCCCGUGGUUUAGUGACCGAAUUGCGCCGAGGAUUCCGUCUUGACCUCUCCGACUACGGACGUGCGGCGAAAACGAAGGGACCCGAGGAGUCUGGCCGGCUCUUCCGAUCCGCGUUUCCGGCUGUCCACGACGACCACCGCCGCGUUUCUAUCCCUUGAUCCUACCCGGCACGAGAAAUCGAACGGAUGCCACUCGACGGGCGAACCACGGACGCGUUGGAAAUGGUCUCAGGCGUCUGUAAAUACCCUUCCGCGACCAGUUCACGAGCUUUCUUUGUACAUACUCCCCGAACGGCGUUCCCUUUCGUCAAAGUCUAGUCUUCCGAUCGUGUGAAACGAGUUACCUCGAUGCACGCCAAAGAAAAUAGAAAGUUUAAUACACGACUAACCGCGUUAGCUUAAGUUCCACGGGGACGUGCUCUCGAAACGUGCAUGCUCGAAGCGCCGGUCGAGAAGGGGUUGCUUUUUCGGAAAUACGUUCCGCCAUCUGCUCCGGCUCACCGGCAAACGUGGCCCGAGCAACCAUAGCUAAAUCGAUACGUCCCUCUUUCGGUAUUACUGUGCUCUUCUUCAUCCACACCCCCUGAGACCUGUCGCGGGGGUAGUUUCAACCCCGACGGCGAUAAAGUCAAC